GCAAUUAUCGUCACUUGUCAAGGGGAGGCAAAAACCAAGAUUGGGCUUUAAAUAACACUGAAAAUUUUUACUACCAUUCAAGCAACAAUGAAGACGGAUAUCGGUGCUUGGCUGGUUUUUGACCGUACACCCUCUUGCUACCGAGCCAAGAUUGGAUGGAAAGACUCUGCUCGAAGUGCCAUACAUAGAUAAAUAGAGUCUGUUCUGCACUUACAUCAUGAUUUUCUUAAUUUCUUCUACACCAGUGCUCGCACCGUCCCAGCUUUUCGCCCAUUAGACCCGCCACUUAACUAGUAACUGAACCACACUAGUUGAACUAUCAAUUCAUUGGACACCUGAUACUCAAUGUCGGUAAACCCUUCGGUUUUAACGGAGGCUCCGGUGCCAAAACCGGAGGCGGACACUCCAUCACCCAGCCCAAAUUCGGCAGAAGACCAGUCAUUAUUAUCCAGAACAAGAGCUCAUCUGUUGGAAGACGUCCGUCCCUCAGGCUUUGUCGAGUUUGAGUUGAUUCUUUUGACCUUCUGCACCGGAAUUCAAGAUGCGAUCUCAUUCCCCGACUACGGCUGCUUUGCCUCAAACCAGACCGGCAACACGGUGUUCCUAGUUGUCGCCCUCAUCCUACCAUGGCUCGACGGCGAUACCUUCUUCGUGCCGAACAUCGGGGCGGCGCUCGGUUUCUUCCUCCUCGGCGGUUGGUUGACUGGCCAACUCAGCCAUAUCAUUGGAGCGCGGAUGAGACUGUGGCUGGUGUGCUGCAACCUAGUUCAGACAAUCCUAGUUUCUGUGGCAGCAGGGUUGCAGCUCAGGUACGGUGUCACGGGCCAAGGAUCGAUGGCAGUCAUAGUCAUAGGCUUGCUCGCCUUCGCGUCCGGCAGCCAGGUGGUCCAGUCCCGGUCGAUGAAGAUGACGGAGAUCAGCACGGCCAUGGCGACGGCGGCGUGGGUUGAUCUGGUCAUAGACCCGAAGCUCCUGCACGUCAAGAACCGACCGCGGACGAGACGCCUCAUGUUCCUGGUGGCGCUGAUUGGAGGCGCAAUCCUGGGUGCGGGAAUCUACCGUGUAGCUGGGUCUGCUGUGGCCGUCUUCAUCUCAGCGGCUGGAAAGCUCGCCGUGACCAUCAUGUAUCUGUUCAAUGGCGCGGACAAGCCGAAACAAACAGAAGGCGAUGAUAAUUGUUAGAGGGAGGGAACAUAAUCACGAGUUACGAUAAAUGAGCGAGAUGCGAAUCGGAUUGAUAGAUACCUAUGUUUUCCUACGAAGUCCUUGAACAUAAUAAUGAUAAUAAAUUAAUCAUCUAAAUAAUCACACACAUUUUAGAAACGAAUCCCAGAAAUAAAAAAUAAACAAAAACAAACAGAGAGCAGGCCUUCGUAGAUAUCGUGGGUAUUGCAGAGAAAAGGAAAUACAUAAAUACUUGGA